CCCAGCAGUGCCCCCACCUGUGCCCAGCAGUGCACCCACCUGUGCCACUCUGCAGUGCCACCUACCUGUGCCCAGAAGUGCCACCUACAUGUGCCCAGCAGUGCCACCCACCUGUGCCCACCCACCUGUGCCCACCAGUGCCACCCACCUGUGCCCACCCACCAGUGCAGCCCAGCAGUGCUGCCAGUCAGUGCCACCAGUCAUCAGUGCCGUCUAUCAGUGCCGCCUAUCAGUGCUGCAUAUCAGUGCCGCCUAUCCGUGACCCCUAAUUAGUGCUGUCUAUCAGUGCCGCCUAUCCGUGCCACCUCAUUAGUACUGCCUAUC